AUGGCAGAUCUCUUAGUAGUGGAGUCACUGCUACGUUGGUAUGGUUACUCCAUAGAGGACUGGGAACGAUCACUUUACGCGAACGCACCCAACGUCCAAAUAAAGGUUCCGGUCAUCGAUCGCUCGAAAUACAAGACUACUUACGAGGAGACGGUUUUACUCGAACCUGAAGGUGUGCAAGAGCAAAUCAACGCCCUUGUUGCGAAGUACAACGGUGCCCGAGCGUUCGUAAGGCCUUCCGGAACAGAAAAUAUUGUCCGUGUAUACGCUGAAGCAGAAACAUCGGAAGAAGCGUCAGCUCUCGGCCAAAGCAUUGCAGAUUUAAUAAAAACGUUGUAG